AUGGCAGAUCCUACGGCUGACAGGUUACCGGUGGGCAACCUCAAUGACCGAGCAAUUCUUAUCUGGACAGAGUUCAAAGUCCCCAAAGAUCUAGAGCUGGAUACUGAAUGGGCUGGACAUUUCCAGCCACUGAUUUCGGCUCCGGGACACAAGGGGUCUGGGUGGACAAGACUCCAGGGGAGCCCGGACACGAUUCUUCUGAUAACAGAGGUCCUUCUUGCUCCAUCACUUGCUAGAAUCAUACGUUCAAUUGUUCUGGACUUUCCGAUACCGAUGACUGAAGCCCAAAAGGUUCAAAUUUUGAAGCUGAAAGCCAUUCGCGAACCGGCCCUCGGGAUUAACGGUCAGCACUACCGCAACAAGCGACGUCAACUUGAUCCUCCUUUAAAGAUAUGGGCCACCCACACAGAAUCCGUGCAUGGUCAAGAAGCUCAGUUGAUGUUGUCGCAACAUUUCUGGCGGAAUGCAGAGAGCGCUGAGUAUAGGCAUCUUGGGAAAUAUAGCAUGGAUGGUAGACCUAUAGUCGGCGGCAGAACCCUAAUGGAGAGGCUUAGUGACAGUUUGGAAAAUGCAGGAGCUAUAGGAUGGAAGGUAGAGCUUGUUGGUUUCACGCCGAUUGGAGAUCGGAAGUUUUAUGGCCAUAUGUGGUGA